AUCUGUGGGAGGGAUGUAGAAGUGAUGGAGUAAAGGAGGGAGAGAGUGUAAAGGACAGAGUGUAUGUUCAACUCUCUCCAUUCAUUUUCCUCCAGUCCCUGACUGACGUGACUUACGUGUGGCUGCCAGAUGCCUCACCUGUGCGCAGUCAUGAUUCGGACCGUCUGUUUCGGGUGCGCGCUCUUACUGCUUCUCUUCUCUCUUUGCGCGGAAGCGCGUCCCGAAUCAUCCCGCCGGUCAGCGCGCGCUCCCGCUGCCAAUGUGCGCCUGGCAGGUAUUGGCCACAGAGAGAACGAGGGGCGCGUUGAAGUCCUGCACAACGGGGCAUGGGGAACCGUAUGCGAUGACGAGGUCGACAUAAAACUCGCUAAUGUGAUUUGCAGAGAACUGGGUUUCCAAAGUGGCAUAACAUGGGCACACAGCGCAACGUAUGGAGAGGGAGAGGGCCAAAUUUGGAUGGAUAAUGUUAGGUGUGAAGGAACAGAGAAAACCCUAAAAGACUGCAAAUCAAACGGGUGGGGCAUUCACGACUGCAAGCACUCUGAGGACCUGGGGGUGGUCUGUAGUCCAGAGAGAAGGUUGGACCAAGUGCAUCCUGGAGUCUCCAGAAGAGGGCACACUAUCGCUCUCGGACCGAAUGCUGUCACUUCGAACCAUUGGCAAGACAUAUACUCAAGGUCACCUGCACAUGUUAGACAAGGCAAUGGGCAUUCACAGGAUCAAACAAGAUGGGAUCAGAUCUCCAGACAGCAGUUUCAUAAUCCGUCUGCCAGUAAGGUGAGGAUUGAAGAUGUCCGUCUCCGGCCAAUCUUGAUGAUUACAAAGAAACACACCCUUGUCACGGAGGGUGUGGUAGAGGUUAAGCAUGCUGGAAGAUGGAGACAUGUGUGCGAUAAAGGCUGGAGUCUGAAUAGCAGCAGAGUCAUUUGUGGGAUGCUUGGUUUUCCUGAUGCAGAGAAGCCCAACAUGAAGACCUACAAAAAAAUAUGGGAUAAAAAAGUCAAGGAUCCAACAACUAGAUUGAGUCAAAUGGCCAAAAAGAAGGGAUUCUGGGUUGAAAAAGUGCAUUGUCUGGGCACAGAGCUCAGCCUGGCAGAGUGCCAUGCCCAGCUCUCAAUCCACCGAAGCACCACCCCCUGUAAGAAUGGCCGCCAUGCUGUGGCCCAUUGUGUACCUGGACCCCAGUUCGCUCAUAUGUCCUCUGGGCAAUCCCAGGCCCCUCACCCUGUGGAGCUGCCAGUGCGUUUAAAGGCAGGGCCACGUCUGGGGGAUGGCAGAGUCGAGGUUCUGCGUGAGGGAAAGUGGGGAACUGUGGUUGACCACCUGUGGGACCGUAUCUCAGCCAGUGUGGUGUGCAGAGAGCUGGGAUUUGGCACUGCCAAAGAGGCUCUUACUGGGGCGUACAUGGGUCAAGGUACAGGGCCGAUCCAUAUGAACUCAGUGCAGUGCACAGGCACAGAGCGUUCCAUUUUAGAUUGUUUCUUCCAGGAAGUUCCUCCCUGGACAUUCAAACACAGCAGUGAUGCUUCUGUCAAAUGCAAUGUUCCUAAGACUGGUUUGGAGAAAACGGUGCGGUUGGCAGGGGGCAGGGAUUCAGGAGAGGGUCGUGUGGAGGUGCUCAUGGAGAUGGGGGGCAGAAAGCGAUGGGGAACGAUUUGCAGUGAGAACUGGGGAAUAAAUGAAGCCAUGGUGGUGUGCCGGCAGCUGGGCUUUGGGUUUGCCGCUCGUGCUCAUCAGGACACAUAUUAUUGGCAAGGGGACCAUGCAGCAGAGGAAGUGUUAUUGAGCGGGACUCACUGUGUGGGAAAAGAACUCUCCAUCCAGCAGUGUCGUCGUAAUAGUUAUGUUCACUGUCCUCAUGGAGGUGGGGCUAAAGCAGCUGGCGUCACCUGUUCAGAAACGGCACCUGAUCUUGUGCUGGAUGCACAGCUUGUGCAGGAGAGCGCUUACCUGGAAGACAGACCUCUGCAUUUGCUCACCUGUGCGCAUGAGGAGAACUGUCUCUCCUCUUCUGCCAGACGUAUGAACUGGCCGUACGGUCACCGUCGUCUUCUGCGUUUCUCCUCCCGUAUCAUGAACCUGGGAAGAGCCGACUUUCGUCCCCGUGCCUCAAGAGAGUCCUGGACCUGGCACCAGUGCCACCGGCAUUAUCACAGCAUUGAAGUGUUCACACAUUAUGAUCUCCUAACCCUCAAUGGGAGUCGGGUUGCUGAAGGACACAAAGCCAGUUUCUGUCUGGAGGACACCUACUGCCCUGAUGGACUUCAAAAACGCUUUUCAUGUUACAAUUAUGGAGAUCAAGGGAUCUCGGUUGGUUGCUGGGACACUUACCGCCAUGAUAUCGACUGCCAGUGGAUAGACAUCACUGAUGUGAGACCAGGAGACUACAUCAUGCAGGUUGAGGUAAAUCCGUCCCUGGACAUGGCUGAAUCGGACUUUAUGAACAAUGUCAUGCGUUGUCGAUGCAGAUAUGAUGGACAUAGAGUGUUUAUGUAUGGCUGCCAUGCAGGUGAUGCCUAUAGUGCUGAAACUGAAGAUUUGUUUGAGCAUCAGCGUCAAAUCAGCAACAACUUUAUUUGAACCCAUUAAAAAGAGGUGGGAGGAUGUUCCUAAAGCGAUAGUUCAUGCAAAAAUGAAAAUUCUGUCAUCAUUUACUCUCAUCUUGUUCCAAACUUGUAUGACUUAUAUACAAAAGGAGAUGUUAGACACUGACAGCCUCAGUCACCAUUCACUUUUAUUGUAUCUUUUUUCCAUGCUAUGACAGUGAAUGGUGACUGAUGCUGAACAACAUGAGGGUAAGUAAAUAACGGCAGAAUUGUUCAUUUUUGGGUGGAUGAAAUGGAAAAUGGCUUCCAAAAAUACAGCUUUUUGGAUAAUAAACUGAGUGAAAGAGAAAGAGAUCUGCUUAACUGAUCUCAGAACAGUAUACCAGUAACAUCACAGAGAGGAAGAGAUCUGCUACAAUCUAUUGGCUCUACAGCAUUGAAUUCACAUGGGUCCCAACCAGGCGACUAAAAUGCUUGGUAAAAUGACGAGAGAUAAAAGCUUUCUCCUCCAUGUACAUCUUAACGGAUGUUAUGAUGUACAUUUUUUUAAAUCUGAGUCCUAGCCAGCCAUGAAAUCAAGUCUUCUGGCAAUCGUUCUGUCAGUCAUGAGGUUUCUGUUUCUGCGGCAUCAUACUGGGUAGCCCUGCCCACUGUGAAAUCCAACAGUUUUGUGUUCAGCGUGGACGGAAAUUUGCUUGUUGUAUCACGCCUGGUUAGGACACGGUGUUAACUGCCUAAAAGCUCUAUAGAGUCUAAUAGGUAUAGUUAUAGAGUCUAAUAGGUCUUUGGAAAUCAACUGAAAAAAUACAAGUUGUUAUACUUUGAUUUAGAGUUAGGGACAUUGUUUUGGUGACUUAAUGGAAAUUGUUGUGAUUUUAUCAUGUAAUUGAAAUUAAAUAGCAUACACAAUUUGUAGUUCUGGGAAUCAUGAAGCUAGCAAUAGAAAAUAAAUAUGUUGAUAUAUGUACCCAUAUAUUUAUUACCUGACAAGUUGUUAUAGAACAAAUGCCUCAGUAUAGUUUUGGUGUUUUCUGAGUACAAUUGUCUUAGAUAUUACCAAUAUGAUUAUAGUAAGAUCUGUGACAACCAAAUGCAGUUAUUUUUUUUUCUGUUCAUUUUUGAGUUUUAUAUCUAAUAUCAGUUUUUUUAUAUGAGUUAAGCACUUUAUUGAUGGACCGUCAGUAUUCUGGUAGGAAUGGGUCAGUCACCACCACGAUCAACACACUCUUCUGUUUAUUUGUUUGUUUAUUGACAUGUUCAGGAAUUUGUACUUGCUUGCCUUUUUUUAUAGACCUUUUCUUAAUUUGUCAGUGACUUUCCUAAAUCCUAAAGGAUAACAAAGGACGUUGUAUAUGCUAAAGAUUAAUUUAUUUAAUAAAUUGUUAAACACAUUUUCUGGGUGAGCGAUUUAUUAGUUUGGUAACUGAUGGUAAUAUUAAUUAACACUUUCUAAAUGGUUGACUGCUUUAAUAUUCAUAAACGUCUUGCCAGUUUGAUUUGUGGUUGAAUGGAAAUUGAUGCUUUAGUUUAGCGUGCCAUGUCAUUUUUUUUUUCUUUUUUUUCUUUUUUUUAAUUUAA